UUCAUUUUGACAAGACUUUAAAAAAUCAUGAGUAAAGAGGGGGCAAGUGGAGGAGAAGAACAACAAACUAAACAAGUCAAAGACUUAGAAGAUAAACUCAAGCAGUAUGAGAGGGAUCUUGAGGAUGCCAGCAAUGAACUAAAAAUAAAAGAUGAGCUAUGUCAAAAGUCAGAAGAAUGCAUUAAGGAAAAGGACAGGCUCAUCAGAAAGCUAAUGGAAAAGCUUGAAACCAAAGAAGCAGAAAUGAGAGAAACAAAAACAACACAUGCAGAGUACUUCAGUAAAGCAAUGAGUGAUAAAGAUAGUCAAAUUGCCCAGUUGAUAAAAAGAAUCAUGCUAUUAGAAGAAAAGUUAAUGAAACAGAAAAAAAAGGCAAAGGAGAAACUGGAGGAAGAACAAAGAAUAUGCAGAGAAAAGAUAGAAGAAGCAAAUAAGACUUGUGCUCAAAGAAACAAGGAGACACAGCGUGACAUGGAAGAACAGCUACAAAUUGUAAGACAAGAGAGCAGUCAGGCUUUAGCAUUGAAAGGAAUG